AGUGAGAACUCGAUAACUUUGCUUGUCAUCAUCUUCGCCUGUGCUUGUUAUCGCCGCAAAACGUGUGCACGUUACCAGCUCAGUGCAGCGCGAGAAGAAGAGUAGUAUUGAACCUGCCACUAGUGGUGCGCACCAAAACUUGGCAAGACUCUCCGGAAAGCUUUGUUUUGUGUCGCAUAUCAUUCUGGCACAUUCCUGUGACUCUAAUGGCCGCCGUCUUUUUCCACACACUUGGUGACCAGUGUCCGCGCCAAUACAUCGUUCUCGCUGUUUCGCAGAAUCUUUCGGGACUGCAGAGCGCAGACGCGCAGCCUCCCCCCUUCUUUUGAUCAUCUGGGUUGCCUUCGUCUUCCCCGGCGAAAUCUAUACAACACUCGGUUGUUCAUCUCUAACAAGACGGUCGAUCGGCACAAGUCCCAGCGCAGUAUAUCCAAACAACCAUCCAAGAUAUCGUCAACGACCAUCAGCGCCUUCUAAGGAAGAGGUGCCAUAACGGUCCAGCAACGCAAUGAUGACAAAGACAGCUUACAUUCUGGCGCUGCUAGUCGUCUUGUCAACUUGUUCCUUACGACAGUCUGGAGCCAACCAACAGCAGAAUGGAGCCAACAAGAAAGUCAAUUUUCGUGAAAAGGAGAAACAGAUUCUCGACAAAAUUUUGGGGCCGGCUCACUACGAUCGUCGAAUUCGGCCUUCGGCUGCCAACGGCACAGAUGGACCCACCAUAGUCGACAUCAACCUCAUGUUUCGUGGCAUAUCCGACAUCAGCGACAAUAAAAUGCAAUUCAGUGUUAUCCUGACGUUUCGAGAAGAGUGGCUCGACGACCGCUUGAAGUUUGAAAAUAUGCAAGGCCGGAUGAAGUACCUCACUCUCAACGACCCAAGCAAAGUCUGGAUGCCGGACUUGUUUUUCUCCAACGAACGCGAGGGACACUUCCACAACAUUAUUGUGCCAAAUGUCUACGUGAGAAUCUUCCCAAAUGGAUGGGUCUUGUACAGUAUCCGAAUUUCUCUGACUCUGUCGUGUCCUAUGAAUCUCAAACUCUUCCCGCUGGAUCGGCAAACUUGUUCGCUCUCUAUGGGCAGCUAUGGAUGGACAACAGAAGAUUUGGUUUUCCUAUGGAGAGCCGGUGAUCCAGUGCAAGUUACGCAGAACCUCCAGCUGCCGCGAUUUGCGCUGGAGAAAUUCAAAACGGACUCGUGCAACAGCAAGACCAAUACAGGAGAGUACUCGUGCCUGAAAGUGGAUCUCCUGUUCAGAAGAGAAUUCUCCUACUACUUGAUUACCAUCUACAUUCCUUGUUGUAUGUUAGUCAUCGUAUCUUGGGUUUCCUUUUGGCUGGACGCCAAUGCAGUACCAGCUCGCGUAUCGCUCGGAGUUACCACCCUAUUGACGAUGGCCACCCAAACUACGGGUAUUAACAACUCGCUUCCACCCGUAUCCUACACCAAAGCCAUUGACGUGUGGACUGGUGUAUGUUUGACGUUCGUCUUUGGAGCGCUGCUGGAAUUCGCUUUGGUCAACUACGCUUCACGAUCAGACGCGCAUCGCGAGAAGAUGAAAAAACAGCGCAAACAGUGGGAAAUGGAACAUCAAGCUGCUUUGGAUGCGAUGGCGGCCGACGGACUUCUCGAUGAUCGCAAUUCUUUCGCUAUGAAACCUCUAGUUCCAGCAAGCACUGAAGUCAUCUUCAUGGAAGAUGGUCGGGAUCGUGGUCAACAGAGAAAUGAUGGGAUGCCAACAGAAACGUGUUGUCGUACCUGGAUAGGUACGUACACGUUGCGUUCGAAACGCAUCGAUGUCAUCUCGCGUAUCAUCUUCCCUCUCGUAUUUGCCGUGUUUAACAUGGCAUACUGGAGCACUUAUCUCAAUCAAGAUGACGAUACAAUAUAACAACCUCUUUAUUUGUUUUCUCUUCCUUCUCUCCAAAAAGAAGAAAACAACAAAUUAUACCAAAAUUUCAUGUUCGUUUUUUUUUUUGCGCAAUAACAACUGUCAUUGCACGUGGCGUUAUUUACUUGUACACGUAACUUAAGCAGUUUUUUUAUAUAACUGUAGUAAAUUUUACGCUCUUUUUAACUGUGAUUUGUAUACAGUUGAUUAGUAAAUAUUUCAUUUCCCCGGUUUUGGUGUUGGAUGACGACACUUUAAAAGUAGCCUAGUGCAAAUCAUUUUAGACGUUGAUUGAUAUAAUUAAUAUUAUAUUAAACUGAAGCUCACGGUAGUUGAAUGAUUUGUUUCGAAAGGGUCAAAGUUACGUGUUAGCCCGAGAAUGCAAAAUAUUCAAAAGCAGAUAUUGAAACUAAAUAAUAAAAGAAACAAAAACAAAACAAAAAAUUGCGAUUUUUAACAGGCAGAAUUGUAAAGGUGCGCUCGUGUCCAACUUUUUUCGCAAUUCAUCUUCCGCGUAGUUAUGAUUUCAUCAAUUUUUCAACUUUCUUCCGUAUCAUCUGUUAAUAGAUUACAAACGAAUACUGUUAAAAUACAUUCAAUCGUACAAACUU